AUGUAUCUCAUCCAAAUAAUAUCACGUAUUUUCCUCCUCUGCCACCUACGAAGCAUUGCUUUCGCACAAGCCUCCAACGAGAUAUCCCCAAGAGCCGUUGGUGCAAAAUGGAAUAUCACUCUAAAAGGAUUCCCAGUUGAGGGUACUAAGCCCCCACGUCCGAUAACCACAGAUGACAUAAACCGCUACAUUGACCAAAUAAUCGAACUCGCCGACUACGUUGUAGACGGUGUCCGAGAAACCGAUGCUAUCUUCCUCCAAUUCUUUGGCGAAGCAUCUUAUCACAAAGAAGUUAUCGGUACGUUUCCGCUCCUAUGUUUGGUAUUCCAUCCACUAACUGCAAAAUCGUAAUCAGAUGUCUUCCGUCGCCUCGCUGGCGGAAUCAUAACAGGCACCGAUGUUCCCAAAAAGCUUGAGAUAGUAGCAGAAAAAACUCCACCUGCCAAAGAAAUGAACGCCAAAGGCGAGCCCAAAACACUCGUCGCCAAAUACGAAAAUCGUCAAGGAAUGCCCACUUUGAUACUCUAUGAAGAAUGGGCGACUCUUGAAGAUUUCUUACACAUGCUUCCUGGUGCAACGGCAGAGGGACAGCUGGAACGGUUUCGCGCUACGAGACAGGGUGUACUUCUUCACGCGAUGAUGCAAUUCGUUGGGGAUUCUUCCAUUUACGGGACUGUGCUAUCGCCUUUUCCAAGUGAUGGUGAGUUCAGCUCAGGGGCGAAUAUGGGGAAUCUCUAUUAAUUUAUAGCAGGUCCUUUCGAUAAUGGUAGUAUUAUGAAUGUGGAUGUCAUAGACGCUGGCGAUGAAGCUGAACGCGUAAGCUAAGCAUCUUUCUUCAUUUCUAACGAUCGAUCGAAAGACUAACAUCAUGUCAUAGCAAUUCAUGCAUGAAUUCACUGGACUUAAUGAACCCCAACUAACCAAUGCAAAAGCACUUGGCGAAAGGAAUGUUCUUCUCAUUUCUCAAUUGGGAGAUGGACCAUUCACUGUUAUGCAUAAUGCUGAUACCUACACUUUGUUCGCCAUCGGUAAGUCUAUUCCAUGACUCGUUGAGUACGUAUCUGGCGAUGAUGCUGAUUUGAUUUAAGCAUUGUUGAUUCAUUGGAAUCGCAACCAAGCGAUCGUGCCGGUACAUGGACCAUUAGUUGAUUUAUAUAAAGCAGCAGAGCAAAGGGAUCCGUUCAACGAUACGACAUCGCCGUUCCGUGGGACGAAGGAAUAUGCUAUGAGGGUAAAUGUAUGGUGGAGCACGAGUGGGAGAAGGACGGAUCUUUGA